AUGGAUCGCACAGAGAACCACGUUGAAACUCUCCUGAGGGAGUUAAAUCCACAGAUUGUUUUCUUUGUUUUCCAACACUGGCUACCCAACUUGACUCGGAGACUGGGAAUCAAGUGCAUACAAUACUGGAUAGUUAAUCCAUUAUCAGUAGCUUACUUCUGGAAUGGUCCAAGACAGAGCCAAGGAACAGAUUUAACUGACCUUGAUCUAAUGCAACCGCCACCAGGGUUCCCUGAUUCAUUCAUCAAACUUCAUGCACAUGAGCUUCGAUUCCUAGCUGCCUCAAGAAAAAUGGAGUUUGGAAAUGGUGUUUUGUUGUAUGAUCGUCUCGACAUAGGUGCACGCUUGGCAGAUGCAAAUGCUUUCAAAGGUUGCAGAGAAAUUGAGGGACCUUAUGUUGACUAUCUUGAAACUGUGUAUAAGAAGCCUGUUGAUGAGCAUAGACCUUCAAUUAAGAAGGUGUAUGAGAGAAGAAACAAGAGGAAAGUCACAACUUAG